UGGCCCUGAGCAAACAUGUACGUAAGCUGGACUUUGACUUGGGGCGAGGCUGCCACAUCAGCAAGAAACAAUCAUGGCGGCUGCACCGUCAAGUUUGGGGACACAAAUCCGUGAAGAACUGUCCUGCAGCAUCUGCCUGGAGCUGUUCACCAGGCCCAAGGUGCUGCCCUGUCAGCACACCUUCUGUCAGGACUGUCUACAGAACCAUGCAAGUAGGCGACUACCUCUCCAGUGCCCAAACUGUCGUCGGCAGGUCAGGCUGCCACGCCAGGGGGUCGCAGGUUUGCCAGACAAUCUUAUUGUGGCCAAUAUGUGUGAGAGGUUCCAACAACAAGCUACAAUAUCAGAGGAAACAAGAGAACAGCCCCAGUCUGGAAACAGGUGCAGUUUUCACCCUACUGAGGUGUACAGAAUGUACUGUAAACAAUGCCACAUGCCAGUUUGUGAAGAGUGCAUAGAGGGGGUUCAUGAUGGCCAUGCCACAACAACCAUCAAAAAAGCUGCACAGGAAAACAGGCCUACAAUCCAGGCCUUGAUCCAUGAGGGGAGGAACAUUCUGGAAAGUUACUGUAGCUUCAUCAGAGGUCUGAGAGAGACUGAGAAUAUCCUGAAUGAACGGAAACAGCAGACAGACAAUGCUAUCACUCAGGCUUGUGAGGAACUCUUGGCAAAAGUGGAACAAAAUCACCUGGAAAACUUGGAGAAAAUACAGACUGAAAGGGACCGAGUGUCAGGAGAUGUCAAUGAACUGUCUGCUGCCUGUGAUCGAGCAGAACAAGAACUGCAGCAGGGAGGGGUCGAGUGUCUCAGUCAGCAAACCGCUCUGACAGAGGUGGUAGGGAAGUACAGAGGAAAAGCAGCACCAACUCCUGUACAAACCCAGCCUGCUGUCUUUCAGCCCACAGACACCCCCAUGCCAGUAUUAGGACAUGUGACGGUCCAGUCUCUCCCAUCUGCACCAAUCCCAGCAGCACCUGCAGCAAGGGGCACAGGUCAUCACCAUGGUAACCAAGGGCAAGAGGAGCAUCAGUCUCAGGUGACGUUUGGUAGAUCAUGGGGAUCAGGACCAGGACAGUUCAAGUAUCCAUGGGGUGUUACAGUGUCAGAGGAAGGGGAGAUUUUUGUAGCAGACUGGGGGAACCAGAGAAUCCAAGUCUUCACCCUGCAGGGAACGUUUGUCCGACAGUUCCCAACAGUCGUGUCAGGUGAAGAGGAGAUGAGACCACAGGAUGUGGCCCUGGACGGGGAGGGGAACCUGUGGGUGGUGGGGAGGACAGAAUCUGCUGACUUUGCUGUGCAGUACAACAAACAGGGCAGGGUGCUGAGGAAGUUUGACCUACAGGAUACACAGGGGGACAGAGGAGUUGCCGUGGACACCAGGAGGAACCACAUCCUCAUCACACAAACCACAGGAGUCAGGGACAACAAACAUGGUGAAGUUUUGGUGUUCAGGCCAAAUGGGACACUUGUGAGAACUGUGGGUCAGCAGCAGGGGAUGAAGGAAACACAGUACAUCACUGUGGAUGGGGAAGGGAACAUUCUUGUGUCAGACUUGUGCACUCACUGUGUCUAUGUGUACAAGGAGGACGGACAGUUUCUGUUCCAGUUUGGAGGUUGGGGAAGUGGUGAAGGUCAGCUGUGGAAUCCCUAUGGCAUCUGUACAGACGGGGCAGGGAACAUCAUCGUGGCAGACGCGGGAAACAGCCGUGUGGAGAUGCUUGACAAGACAGGAAAAUUCCUCAAACACAUCGCUACAGACAUGGAGAUGCCAUGGGCUGUUGCCAUGGCAACACAAGGACAGCUGGGAACGUUUGUCCGACAGUUCCCAGCAGUCAUGUCAGGUGAACAGAGGAUGAGCCCACAUGAUUUGGCCAUGGACGGGGAGGGGAACCUGUGGGUGGUGGGGUACACAUACUCUGCUAGCUUUGCUGUGCAGUACAACAAACAGGGCAGCGUGCUGAGCAAGUUUGACCUACAGAAGACAAGGCUGGGCAGAGGAGUUGCCGUGGACACCAGGAGGAACCACAUCCUCAUCACACAAACCACAGGAGACGGGGACAACAAACAUGGUGAAGUUUUGGUGUUCAGGCCAGAUGGAACACUUGUGAGAACUGUGGGUCAGCAGCAGGGGAUGAAGCACCCACGGUACAUCACUGUGGACGGGGGAGGGAACAUUCUUGUGUCAGAUGGUAGUAAUAACUGUGUCUUUGUAUACAACGAUGACGGACAGUUUCUGUUCAAAUUUGGAGGCUGGGGAAGUGGUGAAGGCCAGCUGAAGAAACCCUGUGGCAUCUGUACAGACAGGGCAGGUAACGUCAUCGUGGCAGACUGGGGAAACAAACGUGUGGAGAUGUUUGACAAGACAGGACAAUUCCUCAAACACAUCAUUCGUGUGACAGGCACUGGGGCACCUUGUGCUGUUGCCAUGGCAACACAGGGACAGCUGGUAGUGACUGAUUGGAACAAAACAGUCUCCAUAUUUCACAACUACUGA